UACCCACAUGGUCGGUGUGGAUCUCGCAGUUCAGCAUGCCUGCUCCGAAAACUGAGCAGAAACCUGAAAACACAAUGGCUAAAGGGAAGAAAGAAACCGCAAAAAGGAAAAAUACAGAAGAGGACGAUGAGAAGCUGCCAAUGUUUGAUGAGAAGGAUGCUACCGCCAUUGUGGGAGACGAGGACGACCCUUCAGACAGCGAGGAAAGUGUCUAUUCGGGGCUAGAGGAGUCAGGAUCUGACAGCGAUGAUGAUGAUGAUGACGACGACGACGAUGAAGGUGAUGACAAUGAUGGUGAAGAAGAAGAGGAUGACGAAGAUGCUGCUGGUGACCAGGAGGAGGAGGAUGGUAUCAACAUAUCAGUUGAGGGACUGGAAAUUGAUGCCAAUGGCGAGAGCAGUGAUGGCGCUACAGACGUAAACAAGACCAAGCUCGCAGAGAAGAAGUCCAAAAAGGCGCUGAUGAAGAAGAAUAAAAGUUCGAGCGGGAAGACGACAACAGACGGAGCUGACGAGGACUCGAAGGUCAGCAGAGAGAGCGGUCUGGGCCCCCUCCCUCUGUCUAAUGAGUACGAUGAUGACACCUCGGAUGAGGAGGAUAUCCGCAACACGGUUGGCAACAUCCCCAUGGAGUGGUACAAUGACUACCCCCACAUUGGCUACGACCUGGAGGGCAAGAAGAUCUUCAAGCCAAUCAGAAAUAAGGACGAGCUGGAUGAGUUCCUGGACAAGAUGGAGAACCCUGACUACUGGCGCACUGUGAAUGACAAAAAGACCGGCACAGACAUCCGCCUCUCGGACGAGCAGGUGGACUUAGUGAACCGCCUGCAGAGAGGCCAGUUUGGAGACGUCAAUUUCAACGAGUAUGAGCCUACAGUAGAGUUCUUCACCUCUGAGACCAUGAUUCAUCCGGUGACCAACAGGCCGAUGGACAAGCGCAGUUUCAUUCCCUCCCUUCUCGACAAAGAAAAGGUGGGUAAGAUGGUCCAUGCCAUCAAGAUGGGCUGGAUCAAGCCGCGCCGGCCCAAGGAGUCUGAGCCCCAGUACUACGACCUGUGGGCCAAGGAGGACCCCAACGCCAUCCUGGGACGCCACAAGAUGCACGUGCCCGCGCCAAAGAUGAGACUGCCGGGACACGAGGAGUCCUACAACCCCCCGCCAGAGUAUCUGCUCUCUGAGGAGGAGAGACUGGCAUGGGAGCAACAGGACCCGGAGGACAGGAAGCUGCCCCUCCUGCCCCAGAAGUUCCAGUGCCUACGCGCCGUGCCCGCCUUCUCUCGCUUCAUCCACGAGCGCUUCGAGCGCUGCCUCGACCUCUACCUGUGCCCUCGCCAACGCAAGAUGCGGGUGAAUGUGAAUCCAGAAGACCUCAUUCCGAAGCUGCCCAAACCCAAAGACCUGCAGCCCUUCCCCACCACACAGUCUCUGGUGUAUCGUGGCCACUCCAGUCUGGUACGCUGCAUCAGUGUGUCCCCCACUGGCCAGUGGCUGGUCUCAGGCUCCGACGACAGCACGGUGCGUUUCUGGGAGGUGAGCACGGCACGCUGCAUGAAGACCAUCCAGGUGGGCGGAGCCGUCAAGAGCGUCAGCUGGAGCCCCAAUCCCAACGUCUCACUGGUCGCAAUCUCAUUCAAUGAGACAGUGGUUCUCCUGAACCCGGGCCUGGGCGACCGGCUGAUCUCCAUGGCAACUGAACAGCUGAUCGCAGGUUACGAGGAACCAGAGGAAGUGAGAGACCAGGCCGUCCAGUGGGCCGUAGCCGAGGGCAAGCAGCAUGAUCUGGGCUACCGUCUGCUGCUCAAACACCCCAAGGCGGUGCGUCAGGUGACGUGGCACGGCAAGGGUGACUACCUGGCCUCCGUCAUGCCAGACAGCAGCGGAAGCACCACCCAGGUGCUCAUCCACCAGGUGAGCAAGCGCCGCACCCAGAACCCCUUCAACCGCAACAAGGGUGCAGUGCAGUGUGUGGCCUUCCACCCGGUGAGGCCCUUCUUCCUGGUGGCCACGCAGCGCCACGUGCGCGUCUACAACCUCAUCAAGCAGGAGCUCAGCAAGAAGCUCAUGGCCAACUGCAAGUGGAUCUCCAGCAUGGCCGUGCACCCGGGAGGCGACAACGUGAUCUGUGGCAGCUAUGACUCGCGGCUGACUUGGUUUGACCUGGACUUGGCCACCAAGCCCUACAAAGUCCUGCGGCACCACAAGAAGGCCCUGAGAGCGGUGGCCUACCACAGGAGCUACCCACUCUUUGCCUCCGCCUCAGACGACGGCAGUGUCAUCGUGUGUCACGGCAUGGUCUACAAUGACCUGCUCCAGAACCCUCUGAUCGUCCCGGUGAAGGUGCUGAAGGGCCAUGCCAUCACCCACGACCUGGGGGUGCUAGAUGUGGCCUUCCACCCCACGCAGCCCUGGGUCUUCUCCUCCGGAGCAGACAGCACCAUACGCCUCUUCACAUAAAGUCACCUAAGCAACCCCCACACCCCAUCCCAUCCACACUCUUCCUC